AUGAAGUCUCUCAUUAACUUCCACAAAAACACAACUUCACUUUAUGUCUUUCUAACCACCAGAAAACAACCGUAUAACCGCCACUUCUCUGCCGUGUCCUCCGCCCAAUCAUGGCUGUCCGAACAAGGAAACCCUCUAAUCAAGUGGCCCCACAAUCCCAACUUGGCCCCACCACCACCAGAAAACCAGCAAAACUCCUCUCCAACUCCAAACCAAAACCCUAAUUACCGUCAAAAUGAUUUAUUUACCCUCUGCACCAUCCUCAAAGACCCCAAUAUCCAUCCCGGUCCAUCCCUACGAACCGCAUUGGACCGGACCGGUAUUGAACCGGAACUGGGUCUUAUACAGGCAGUAUUUGACCAUUUUGAUUCAUCACCAAAGUUGUUACACAGUGUGUUUCUGUGGGCAGAGAAGAAACCUGGGUUUCAAUCCUCCGUGACACUGUUUAAUUCAAUGGUGAAUUUGCUUGGUAAAGCAAGAGAAUUCGAUUCUGCCUGGUCCUUACUGCUCGAUAAGAUUGAUGGGCAUGAAGGAAGGGAUUUGGUUUCUAGUGAUACAUUUGCGAUUUUGAUUAGAAGAUAUACUAGAGCAGGAAUGACGGAAGCUGCAAUUCGAACAUUUAAAUAUGCAAGCAGUUUAGACUUGAUUUGUAAUUCUGAUGCUGGAAUGAGCUUGUUUGAAAUUUUGUUGGAUUCGCUUUGUAAGGAAGGGCAUGUUAGGGAGGCUACAGAUUAUUUUGAUAGGAAAGUGGAAAAGGACUCAUGUUGGGUUCCAUCAGCUCGGAUAUAUAAUAUACUGUUAAAUGGAUGGUUUAGAUCAAGAAAGCUCAAGCAUGCGGAGAGGCUUUGGUUGGAAAUGAAGAAGAAGAAUGUGAAACCGAGUGUUGUAACAUAUGGUACACUGGUAGAAGGAUACUGCCGUAUGCAUCGUGUUGAGAGGGCUAUUGAAUUGGUUGAUGAAAUGAAAAGAGAAGGGAUUAAAUCAAAUGCCAUUGUAUAUAAUCCCAUUAUUGAUGCAUUAGCAGAAGCCAGUAGGUUUAAGGAGGUCUUGGGGAUGAUGGAGCACUUUUUUCUGUGUGAGACAGGCCCCACUAUCUCCACUUACAAUUCUUUGGUAAAGGGUUACUGUAAGGCUGGAGACCUUGUUGGGGCUAGCAAGAUCCUUAAGAUGAUGAUUAGUAGGGAAGUUUUCCCAACCCCUACAACUUACAAUUAUUUCUUUAGGCAUUUUUCUAAAUUUAGGAAAAUUGAAGAGGGGAUGAACCUAUAUACCAAGAUGAUUGAAUCUGGGUACUCCCCAGAUCGACUCACUUACCAUCUUUUGUUGAAGAUGUUGUGUGAGGAGGAGAGAAUGGACUUGGCUCUUCAGAUUAGCCAGGAAAUGAGAGCUAGGGGAUGUGACAUGGACUUAGCCACUAGCACCAUGUUGACUCAUUUGCUUUGUAAAAUGCAGAGAUUUGAAGAGGCAUUUGCAGAAUUUGAGGACAUGUUACGGAGAGGUAUAGUUCCUCAAUACCUUACUUUCCAUAGAUUGAAUGAUGAGUUCAGGAAACAGGGAAUGACUGAGCUGGCACGGAGACUGUGUAAUCUGAUGUCUUCUGUUUCACAUUCAAAAAAUUUGCCAAAUACAUAUAACAUUGAUAGAGAUGCAUCACGACGUGCAAGGAGAAAAUCUAUAUUGCAGAAGGCAGAAGUAAUGUCUAAAAUACUAAAGACUUGUAAUGAUCCUAGAGAACUCGUUAAGCUCAGAAGUUCACCUCAGAAUCCUGUAUCAAGUGCAAAUCGGUUGAUAGAGGAUAUCAAUAAUAGAGCAAAGACAUGA